AUGCGCCGUCUCGCAACACGAGCUGCUUCAGCGUCUGCCACAGCCGGCCGUCUCUCAAACUUCUCUUCCACUUCCACCAGGUCAUCCCUUCUCGCCUUCUCCGCAAGAAUGGCGCCGGCCAAGUCCGCCAUGUCGGCAACAGCGGUGAGGAGGUUACAUGCCACGGCACAACACCUCAGUCCGGCCGCGGCUGCAGCUGGGCUGGCCAGCACGGCAGCCAGCUUCCCUACCGCGCACGACCAGGUCCGGGAAGCGUACGAUACCCCCUACUUCAUCGACAACAAGUUCAUCCAGUCCAGGGCGGCGCAGUUUAUCGACGUCCACGACCCCGCCACAAACAACCUGGUGACGCGCGUGCCGCAGAACACGGAAGAGGAGCUGAAGGCGGCUGUGGCGUCGGCACAGAAGGCGUUCGAGACAUGGCGUACCACCAGCGUGCUGCACCGCCAGCAGAUCAUGUUCAAGUUUGUCUCGCUCAUCCGCGAGAACUGGGACCGUCUGGCGGCAAGCAUCACGCUCGAGCAGGGCAAGACGUUUGCUGAUGCCAAGGGCGAUGUGCUCCGUGGACUGCAAGUGGCCGAAGCGGCUUGCGCUGCCCCGGAGCUGCUCAAGGGUGAGGUGCUGGAGGUGGCCAAGGAUAUGGAGACGCGGACGUAUCGUGAGCCGCUGGGCGUGGUGGCCGCCAUCUGCCCUUUCAACUUCCCUGCCAUGAUUCCGCUCUGGUGCAUCCCGAUCGCCACCGUUACGGGGAACACGCUCAUCCUGAAGCCCUCGGAGCGGGAUCCGGGCGCCGCCAUGAUCCUCGCGGAGCUCUGCCAAAAGGCGGGCUUCCCCGAAGGUGUCGUCAACAUUGUGCACGGCGCCCACCGUACCGUCAACUUCCUUCUCGAUGAGCCCGCCAUCAAGGCCAUCAGCUUUGUCGGCGGCAACAAGGCCGGCGAGUACAUCUUCUCGCGCGGCUCGGCCAAUGGCAAACGCGUGCAGGCCAACCUCGGCGCCAAGAACCACGCGGCCGUUCUGCCCGACUGCAACAAGAACCACUUCCUCAACGCCGUCGUCGGCGCCGCCUUCGGCGCAGCCGGCCAGCGGUGCAUGGCCCUGUCCACUCUCGUCAUGAUCGGCGAGACCAAGGAGUGGCUUCCGGAGCUGGCCGAGCGCGCCAAGGCCCUCUCGGUCAACGGCGGGUUCGAGAAGGGCGCCGACCUGGGCCCCGUCAUCACGCCGCACAGCAAGGCGCGCAUCGAAUCCCUCAUCGCCUCCGCCGAGGCCGAGGGCGCCACCAUCCUCCUCGACGGCCGCGGCUACAAGCCGCCCAAGUACCCCAACGGCAACUGGGUCGCGCCGACCAUCAUCACCAACGUCACGCCGCAGAUGCAGUGCUACCGCGAAGAGAUCUUCGGCCCCGUGCUGGUGUGCCUCAACGUCGACACGCUGGACGAGGCUAUCGACCUGAUCAACGCCAACGAGUACGGCAACGGCGUCGCCAUCUUCACCAAGUCGGGCCCCACGGCCGAGACGUUCAGGCGGCGGAUCGAAGCGGGCCAGGUCGGCAUCAACGUGCCCAUCCCCGUGCCCCUCCCCAUGUUCAGCUUCACGGGCAACAAGAAGAGUAUCGCGGGCGGCGGUGCCAGCACCUUCUACGGCAAGCCGGGCGUCAACUUCUAUACGCAGCUCAAGACCGUGACCUCCAUGUGGAGCGGCGAGGACGCCAUCUCGAAGAAGGCCGACGUUGCUAUGCCGACGCACAGCUAA